UAUUCGAUCCCAUUCAUGAAAUCUGUCCAAUGUUUGAUUAGCUUUUCGUUUAUUGGGUGGGCUUUAUAAAUGGGCCCAGGCCCAUUUGUCACACAUUUUACAAAACGCUGCGUUUUCGUCGUCCAUCAUUCUCCAUCUCCGUCGUUCGUCGCUGGUAGUCCCAUUCCUAAGAACGUACAUCCGUAAUCGAUUCAGCUCUGUUGUUGCAUUCAUUGAUUGGUUCUGGAUGAUGAUCAGAAUUCUCAGCCAUCAAUCCAGAUCAUGUUGUAAAAAUGUUCUGUCAGUGAAGCUGUAUACUUCCGGUGAACCAAAGAGAGAUGUUUCGGAUAUGGCAAAGAGCAUAUGUAAAGUGAUGAUGUCCUCUCCACCAGCUGUUCUUGACACGGCUUUGGAUCAAAUCGGUCUUAGGGUUUCGCCUGAAGUAGUCGAGACUGUUCUGCAGAGAUUCAGGAAUGCUGGUUUGUUGGCAUACAGAUUCUUCCAGUGGGCCGAGAAGCAACGGAGUUACGAGCAUAGUGUUAGGUCCUACCACAUGAUGAUCGAGUCUACUGCCAAGAUUAGGCAGUAUAAGAUCAUGUGGGACCUCGUGAACUCCAUGAGAAAAAAAAUGAUGCUAAAUGUCGAGACUUUUUGUAUCAUCAUGAGGAAGUAUGCCAGAGCACAGAAAUUGGACGAGGCGAUUUACGCGUUCAACGUAAUGGAGAAGUAUGAUGUGCCUCCGAAUCUUGUGGCAUUCAAUGGGUUACUGAGUGCUUUGUGUAAAUCCAAGAACGUGAGGAAAGCUCAGGAGAUAUUCGACAAAAUGAGGGAUAGGUUUACUCCAGACUCCAAAACUUAUAGCAUAUUGAUUGAAGGAUGGGGGAAAGCUCCGAAUCUACCGAAGGCAAGAGAGGUUUUCCGAGAGAUGAUUGAUACGGGUUGUGACCCAGAUAUAGUGACGUAUAGUAUAAUGGUUGAUGUUCUUUGCAAGGCUGGUAGAGUGGAUGAAGCCCUUGGCAUUGUAAGAGGAAUGGAUCGAAGCAAAUGUGAGCCAAAUUCCUUUAUAUAUAGUGUUCUUGUCCAUACUUAUGGAACUGAGCACCGGCUUGAAGAUGCUGUUGAUACGUUUCUCGAAAUGGAAAGAAGUGGAAUCAAAGCUGAUGUACCGAUGUAUAAUGCCUUGAUUGGUGCCUUUUGCAAAGCUAACAGGAUGAAGAAUGUUUACAGGGUUAUGAACGAGAUGGAAAGAAAAGGUGUGUCACCAAAUUCCAAGACUUGUAACAUCAUUCUAAGCCAUCUAAUGGGUAUCGGGGAUACAGAAGAAGUAAAAGGCGUUUUCCAAAAGAUGAUCAAACUGUGUGAGCCUGAUACAGACACUUACACGAUGAUGAUAAAGAUGUUCUGCGAGCAGAAGGAGAUGGGGAUGGCGAGUAAGGUGUGGAAGUACAUGAGAACGAAAGGCGUUUUCCCGAGUAUGCACACUUUCUCUGUUCUUAUAAACGGCUUUUGUGAAGAGGGUAACACCAGGAAAGCUUGUGUUUUGUUGGAAGAGAUGAUCGAAAUGGGUAUAAGACCUUCGGGUGGGACGUUCGGAAGAAUAAGGCAACUGCUCAUCAAAGAAGGUAGAGAAGAUGUGCUCAAUUUUCUUAAUGAAAAGAUGAACCUACUGCUCAAGGAACCUCUCUGUGAUUGAAAAACCUUUUGUGUUAAUAGCAAAAAUUAGGACAGCUUUUAAAUGUCUCUCCUUGCCUCUUUGGCCAUGUUUGUGUAAUGUGAAGUGUUCCAUUCUUAAAAUCCUCAGUCUGUACAACUUUUACAAAAUCAUCUUUCGGUUUUUUAUAACAAAUUUUCAUAUCAAUCAUACAAGUUCUCUUUUCAGAAUUUGCUAUUGAUCUGUCCUGUACAAAGAGUCAGGAGUUAAUGUAAGUUAGAUAAUGCGUAAGAGGCGGAGUUCUUUCCUCUGAAAGCACAUAAAUAGAGAAGCAAAGACGCAUACUUCAUGUGCAUGCAACAUAAUACUAUGUAAGUGUGUGCAAAUGCAAUGCAGGUUUCUA